AUAGAUAUGAAGUGUGUAAUUGUGGUACUUGUCUGCUUUCUGAUAGCAGCACAUGGGCAAACAAUUUGGCAGAAUAUUCCUGGACGACUUACCAAGAUCUCGAAAGGAGACUCAGGAGUGUGGGGUGUCGAUAAGAAUGACAACAUCUACCAGCUUAAAUGGACUAAAAUCGCUGGUGGAUUGGUACAAGUUUCAUCUGGGGCAUCUGUUUGGGGGGUCACCAAAACCGAUGCAAUCUACAAGUACUUGGGAGACGACAAAUGGCAACAGAUCCCCGGAAAGCUGACAAACGUAGAUGUGAGCAACAAGGAUCGCGUGUGGGGAGUGGACAGAGGACGGAACAUCUUCAGAAGGACUGGCGGCUCAUGGCAGCGUAUCGGCGGGAACCUCAAACAAAUCAGUGUCGGGGAAUCUGGGGUGUGGGGAGUGACUUUGGCAAACGAUAUCUACUACCGAGUGGGAACGUACGGUGACGCCGACACUGCUGGAACAAUCUGGAUACAGGUUCCAGGAAAACUGAAAUGGAUUAGCUCAGGAACGGACCUUGUUGUUGGCGUAACUGGUGAAAAUGAAAUCUUUUACCGCGAGGGAAUGACUGCAGAUAGCCCUACAGGCACAAGAUGGGUAAAGGUACCUGGAAAGUUGAUGCAAAUCGAUGUGAACAGAAAAGAAGUACUUGGAAUUGACAUUGGAAACUUUAUCUACAGAUCUCGAGUCGGAAGAAAAUAAGUUCGCUGUAUUGAAACAAUUUCAAGGACUGUGGAUUAUUUUAAGCUCUUUGUGCAUGGUAUCUUUAUUAUUUGCGUGAAAUUUAAAUAACUUUUUAAAACCCCCUUGCGUAAAAUGUGAAUAAUUCCUCAGUUUAUAGAUUUUCUCACCUAAGUCGUUACGCUAUAAGUAUAAUAUUUAAUAAAAUGGGUACAAUAAUCAACUUUUUUGGAUUUAUUCUUUGAGCUAUAAAGAUGAUAUUUUGUUAAGCUGUUUGUUCAAAAUAUAUUUCAGUGACCAUAUCAUUGUGUUAUGAAUAAUUUUGCAUGAUACAUCCGUCUCUUUUAUUGUCAAUAAUUACAAAAUGUUCAUAAUUUUGUUUUUAAGAAUCUUAAAAUGUUUAAAAGUUGAUAAUAAGUACAAUGUAGAGAAUUUUCAAUAAAGAUCAAUAUC